GCCAUUUGUACUAACUAAACUAGAACAAAAACAAUGAGAAGUUAAAUUUGUGACAGUCAUCAGUACAUAAUAAGCGAUUAUUUUCUAGGUACAAGUGAUCCACAACGUCAAAGGAAAGAGUUAAGUCUGAAGUAAAAAUCUUCAAAUGGACCUUUGUGACUGGCAGAUGGGAAGAUCCCUAAACAGCUGUCUGGGAGAACUAUUUUUGAAGAGGCUGUGGUCAGACAUCAGCUUCAGGUGUAAAGACCAAGACCAACUUCCUCAGAACAGUAUCCAGGCACAUAAAAUCAUUCUUGCAGCGAGAAGUCCCGUCUAUCAGGCUAUGUUUUAUGGACCAUGUGCGGACACGAAUCCGGAGAUAGAGCUUUCUGAUACUGAUUCUAAUACAUUCAGACUGUUUUUGAAGUAUCUCUAUACAGACAGUACAGAUCUGACAGAGGAAUCCGUUCCUGCAGUUAUGCAGAUUGCACACAAGUACCAAGUUACAAGUCUGCUCGCAUAUUGCUCAGAGUACCUCAUUGGUAUACUCCGCCCUGACAAUGUAUGUGCUGUUCUAGAAUUGGCAUUGUUCUUUGGGGAAAAGAAACUAGAACAAGAAGCGAUUGACUUUAUUGAUGACAAUGGUGAAAAGGUUCUUAAAUCAGACGGUUUCUAUGAACUACAGCAGACGACACUUGAGUAUGUUUUGAAAGGUGAUACUUUUCUGGCACCAGAGAAAUUCAUUGUCAAUGCUGCCAUAAGAUGGGCUAGAGGUAAAUGCAAUUCUAUGUCUCUUGAAGAAACUGGUCCAAACAUCAGAAAAGUGCUUGGUGGAGCAUUCAAGUACCUACGUUUUCCAACGUUGUCAGCUGAAGAGUUUUCAAGGCUGACAUACAGACAGGGUCUACUAGACUUUGAAGAGUUGGAAGAAACAGUCAGUUAUAUUACAGGAAACAUUGAUGCUCAACCGUAUAACUCUGUCAGACAUAGAAGAAGCAGGGCAGUUAAAUGCCGACCGAAACACUUAAGAGAAAAUUUCACAGGGCAUUUAGAGUUCAUACAUUAUGUCAAUGUCACAACAACCAUUAGGGUAAGGUCUAAAGACUUUGUGGUAUUGACUGGUUUUGCAAUGUCAGGACUCAUCAAAAGUCCAAUCGUGCCAGAUUUCAUUAACCCAAAAACCAUGUACACUCUUGGAGUAUCUAUCUCAAAAACACGAGAAAUUGACAGCGAAGAUUUGAUAUUCCCUAAAAUGUUCUACAACAACAUUGAAACUCACAAACUGCAGGAGUUUCAUUUUCUUCAAAGCGUUGAAAUGAAGAAAUCAACUGAAUUGUACAUUAUUUUUCAUAUCAUGAGUGAUCCUCAUUGUAUGGUACUGAUACCAGAAGUUAAACCCUCUACCAUACCUUUCUCUCCACCGGAUACCGUAGAUGUUAAAGGACCGGAAAUAGGUAUUCGAGCUUUAGAAGCUACCUAUAUGGACAGCUGGAGAUUUGUUGACUACAUCAUGCAUGAGUCACCGUCGAAUCGAUGACGGUUUAGGAAGGAACUAAACAGGGUAUUUAUUACAUAAAUGCAGACUGUUAGAAUGAAUGGAUUAUAAUGAUACACAUGUACUAAUAUGUUGUAACAUGUUUGUCGUUGGCCGUGACGGGUGAAAUCAUAACUCUGACAUUUUCUUUUAUCUUCUUAACUAUUCAAGAAGUUUAUUUAUGAAUUAUAUGAAGGGGUUGCUUUGGUUUCGUCGAAUAAUUCAAGUUGUCGUAUCCGAUAUAAUGAGUUAUGGAAGUCCGAGUGAAUCAUUUAAGUAAUUUUGGAUUCCUUGUCUGAAUGACCACGAAGAUCUAAAACUUUCGGCUAACUCAACACUCUC